UCUUUCUUUUGUUUGUAAAUCACUUAUAUAAUUUUUAGCAAUUUCUCAUCACAAAUCAUAGUUGUUAGCUACCUUCUGUUGGUGUGUGACAAUAAUUCAAUUUAUAGUGAAAAAAAUCUAACAAAAUGAUCAUCAAACACCAAAAGUUUAUUUUGGUAACAACAGGAGCCCUGCUGCUUGUUAUAGGUGUAGUGGCUAUGGCGUUAGUUUCACACGAAGAUUAUUUUAAACCACUAUUUUCCAGUGAGGGUUGCCAGCUGGCCAUUAACCGUGAUGACGCGCCAAUGAUCAUAGCCUACGACAAAAACGAAUUUGUUUAUCCCGAACCCGGAGAAAGCAGCUUCACUUUCUCCAAGCACGAAUCUUUACGCUUAGUGUGUCCUGGAAGUCGAAUCAAUCUCGGAUCAGAAUUAACUUACACCAACAUAACAAGCGCCACUUGUGUUUCUGGCAAUUUUUUAAACAUCAACAAUAAAACUUCUGUUCAAUGGACUCAGAUUAGUUGCGCCAGUGAGGCAAAAAAAACUGCCAAGUUAACUGGACGCACUUGCGAAAAUAAUGGAAAAGAAGUCAAUAUUGGCUUUGACGUUAACAAUAUCUUUCUGACAGUUAUGAGGAUUUGCUUCGAUCCGAAAAAGCAACAAGCCUUAUAUUCUGAAGCUAAUAUAACUGCAGCAGUUAGUCAAGGAAGUAGUGCUGCAAGACCUUCAUGGACACAAGGCCCUAGCAGCAUUUUCAACAUUAAAAAAGUAGACCAAUAUUACAAAAUAGCCAAACAAAGACCCACAAUUAACAAAUUACUAGGCUUAGAGCCUACAUCAACAAAAUACAUUCAAAGUCAUAGUAGUUAUUAUUUAGCAAGAGGUCAUUUGACUGCUAAAGCUGACAAUUUUUAUGAUGCCCAGCAAGAUGCAACAUUUUUCUUAAUAAAUGCUGCACCUCAAUGGCAAACGAACAACGAUGGUAAUUGGAAAUCGGUUGAAGCUUCAGUGAGGGACUAUGCUGAAGCCAAUCAAGUAAAUAUACAAGAGAUUACUGGUGUUUAUGGUGUUGCAACGUUGCCACAUAAUUCAACCCAACAAGAAAUUGAGUUGUAUUUGUAUAAUGAUGGUAAGCAAUCGUUUUUGCCAGUACCUGAGUUUUAUUGGAAAUUGGUUUACGAGCCGAUAAGUCAAAAGGGGUUGGUUAUUAUAGUGCAAAAUAAUCCUUAUAAAACUAAUUGGCAGCCAAUUUGUGAGGAUAUUGCUGAUAAAAUUAGUUGGAUCAAUUGGAAAAGGAAUGAGCAAAAAGGUGGAUUCGGUUAUGUUUGUACUGUAGAUAGUUUUAAGAAAAUUGUCAGUUAUGUACCCAAAUUAACUGUAAGAGGGAUUUUGACUUGAAUGAAAGACAUUUUAUAUUUUGUUGUAUAAUAUUUAGGAGCAAAUAUAGUACAAUUUAUAUGGGAUUAAACUAGAUAUAAGUACCUAUGAGAAAUAUUAGAGUAGAAUUAAAAUCAAAUGGGACUCAUCCUUAAUAUUAUUACAAAAGUACAAAAAUGAGCCACAUUUUAAAAUACCGGGUCCCAACUAUUUCAUAGGGACAGUAUUGCUAUCUCCGGAACGGUUAAAGCUACUAGGGCGUUUAAAUUAGAAAAAAGUUGCCAUUUCUGAAGAAUAUUAAAAAUGAAUUUCCGUUGUUGCCAAAUUUCUAUUAGUUUCGCAAAUACAUUUUUUGAAAAUUUGCAAAAACAAUUUUAUCAAAUAUUUUGAAAUCUAUUGAUUUUAGAGACAUGGUUCUAAUUCAAAAGUAUCAUAUUUUUAACACUCUUCAAAAAUGGCAACUUUUUUCUAAUUUAAACGCCCUCGUAACUUUAACCGUUCCCGGGAUAGCAAUCAAUGCUGUCCCUAUGAAAUAGUUGGGACCCUGUAUACAAAAACGUCAAUAUAUAAUAUAGACAUUUAUGUAAAAAAAAAGUUUGAUUUCCUACAAAAAUUUCCACAUUUCGAUUAUUAAUAGUUCUUACCUAAUAUUUUAUAAUUUGAUAUUAUAUAAAAAACACAUUUAUCAAACCUAUGUAUAUUAGGACAAUUUUGAAGCAAUCGCAAACCAUUCGAUUGGCCAAAAAAUUCAUAGUCAAAUUGAUUUGAACUAGUUUGCAAUUGCUGCAAAAAAAAGACUCCCUGUUGAGCAAUCAAUUUCAUGAUCACCUAACCUAACAGGUUUAAAUUUAAAAUUACAAGUAUUAUCCAACAAUUUAAAAAAAAAAUGCAACAAUAAUGAAUUGUUCACACACUUACUUAGUUCUUCUGUUGGGUUCACUGGCAGUUGGCGGAGGUGGAGGUCCUCUCCGAUCCAAUUCUUCCAAAUAAUUCAAAAUCAAUUGGGUGCGUUCUUGAGGAAUGUGUUCAAGAACCAAAAAUCUACAAAAAAAAACCCAUUUUAUAAAUUUUACAUCUAAACAACUCAGAUCUGUUACCUCUUGUCAUUCUUAAGUAUAUCCUCAAUUUCUUGCAUAUGAUUCUGAUUUUCUCGCAACAUAGUCAAAGAUUUGUGAGUGAUCAGUUUAGUCUCUUGCAACAGUUCCUUGAAUUGACCUUUGGCAUUCAUAAGUUUGUCUUUCAAAUAGUCCUUGAAUUCGCGUUCGCAUCUCUCACUAGAAGCAAAUUUAGUAUAACGCGGAUCGUCCCUGAUUAAUUUUUUAAUUUCCUUCCAGCCACUGAUAAGAUUUACUUCGGCGGUUUCGUCCAACAUUUCCCUGAAACUUUGACGUUUUUUCUUCAGCAGAGCUUCGACGUGUUCGUUGAACAACUUCUCUUUUUCGUCGCGUGCUAGAGAAUCGGCCAAGUCCCACCGGUGGUCUUUGCGCAGGAUUCUUUUGACUUCUUUCCAGCUUAGUUCGGAGUUGCGCACCAAAUCGACUAAGAGGGCGUUGAAAUGCUGCCUAGCCUCGUCUCGUUUGUGCUGUUCCCUUUCCUUAUCUCUGUCACGCAUGUGAGUGGCCAGCGUACGUUGCACUUCUUCUUCGCGUCUUUUGAGGCUAGCCUCUGUUUUGGCUUGACGUUCUUUGUCACGUUCUUCUUUGGCCUAAUAGAGAAAUGAAUAAUUUAAUUUUACUUGAUAAAGGAAAAUUUUACCUUUUCAUCUUCUGAAUUGUGAUCGCCGCGUUCUUCUUCUUCUCCUUCCUGAUCUUUAUCAGACGCUCCGCCAUCUUCUUGAUCUUUUUUGUCUUCUUCCGCUCCGUCUUCUUUGGAAUCGUCAGUUUUCGAUUCUCGGCCUUCUUUGUCUUUGUCACGUUUCUCCUAUAACAGGCAAGAGAAUUUUCUCAAUACCAACAAAAUUUUCAAGGGUUAAAUUUCUUGAAAUUGGUGGAAUGUAAUUUACUCGCUGAUGUCAUAAUAAAGACUGUGUCAUGAUGGGGGACUCAAAUUUUUUUGGAGACUAAAAUGAUUUAGGAGAAGUUAGGUAUGCUUUCCCAUGGACAGGAUAAAGCAACAAAUUGUACCUUCACGUUUCUAAAUGGAACAUAGUCAGUUUUCAUCGGAUUAAGGAGCCUGUAAUGUUUGACUACACCAUUGGGGACUCUGUACUCUUGAUAGGCUUGAUGAGAUUAAAGAUCUUGGUAUCAUAUUUGAUUACCAGCUUACAUUUAGUUCACAUAUACAUAAUGUCUCAACUAGUUCAUCCAGGGUAGACAUAAAAAGACUGAACCUAAUAUGUAUUAGUAACCACCGACCACCCAAUGGAGACUUUAAUAUAUUUUUGAAUGUUACAGAUAGUAUUUUGGAUAUGAGUUUUAGUCUAAAGAAAUAUGUGUGUGUUGAAUGGCGAUUUCAACAUACAUUUUGACAGGGACAAAAAUUCUUAGAUCUCACUGACUCAUUUGAUUAUUGUGAAAAAGUCUUCGUAAAUUUUGAAAGUGUGUGUGAAUGUAAUAGACCGCCAGAUAGUGACAUAUUUAGGUGCCCCAUUUUCGCAUACAAGCCUCGAAGAGGGUUGAAAAGUACAUCAAUUUUGAGUAGGAUGAAGGUAUUUUUACGAGUGGCUCCUGGGGAUAACGUAUAGAAAAUUCGAUUUUCCCUAACAGAAAUGGAAGACGUCCUGGUGCCCAUAUUUUCUCGCAAGCUGUGUUCAUCAAAGAAUUAAUUAAUUAAACCUGGCUUCGUAAAACAAAUAAGGGGGUGUUGCAGGUGGCUAAAGGUUUGGAAUAAGGGCAAAACUUUGUAAGGAAAAAUCGAGAUUUUGGGCGAUUUUUCCACACAAGCCCAUCGGAAGCAUGAAAAUCUACAACGUCGGUAGCAAGAAAACAUAUUGGCUUGAGUGUCGCAAAUGGAAAAUUACAUUUUAGGGUAACAUAAGUAAAAUCGAAUGUUCCAUUAUGUUAUCCCCAGGAGCCACUCGUAAAAAUACCUUCAUCCUACUCAAAAUCGAUGUACUUUUCAACCCUCUUCGAGGCUUGUAUGCAAAAAUGGGGCACCUAAAUCUGUCACUAUCUGACGGUCUAAGUCUUGUGAAACCCUCGGCUUUAUGACAACCUUUGGUGGGUUAGUUUUGGGUUUUCUUUCUUCGGGAUUUAUCUUUAUUGUUUCAGCAUAAGUAAGUUUUGGUAAUUUUUUUUUUCUCUUCAUACUCAUUCAGCUUUUCCUGCAAUAGUUCAUUAACCUCAUUCUUGUCAUUAAUUAUCACAUCCUUACUACUCAUAAUUUCAUCCUUAGCCUCAAUGGCAAUUUUUAACACAUCAACAAGCUCAUAGAAUUUUAGAAUCCGUGUACGUAGCACAAUACACCUUAGUUCAGAAGUUGAGAGUUCAGAGCAGGUGUUACGGUAUAAUUUUCUACAGCAGUCGCAAGCAGAGCACGGCAAUUUCUGGUCUUUAGUAGAUUGAUAUGUAUUAUUACACUCAGAGCAUUCCAUGCUCAUCAUAGACACUAAGAAAGUUUGAGGUUUGGAAGAAAAUAAAUAGCUCACCUUUUGGCAAAACUGGUUUCAAAAACUUUGACCUUCAAAUAAUUCGUUGAUUUAAUAAUUACAUUAUUCAUGUAAUAUGUAAUAAAUCGACCGAUUUUUGCGUUGCUAAUACGUAUACACACUUUUCAGAACACUAUAGUCACUUCCAUAUAGUUAUAGAUUUUAUGUUCAUGCAUUCAGCAUUAUACCAUAGAAUGGAAAUUUAAAAUGUUAUUUCUAUUGUGAAACUGCCGGGGCGGUUCACCACAAAAUGAUUUAAGAAGAAUGAUGAAUGAAUUUGAAUAAAUUUAUUGUUCCUAAAUGUCUAAAUAUUAGUAGCUGUGAAAUCCGUGGAACUGAUGUAUUUAAUGCAAUUCCAGACAAAUCCUGAUGCAUCCCUUUUGUUUUUAAAAUACAUACUCCAUUUGGAAUUGAAAGUAAAGAAAGAGGCACGAUUAACAUUGAAAAUAGGCCCCCGUGAAUUUCAACCAUAUUUCAAUAUUUUAAAGGAAUCAUCAUUGCAAAAUAAAAUUUGAAAUGUAAAGAGGAUCGUAUGUCUGUGAUAGCAGAUAUAGCUUAUCAAAGUACGUAGGUUCUGCUAUGCUAUGCAUAGGAAAUAUCCCUAAAUAGAUUUUCUUAAAUAUCUCGAAAAAUACUAAUCCGAUUUUGACCUUUUUGGAGUUUGAUACCUACAAAAGGACCCCAAAAACGUCAAAAUCGAAUUAGUAUUUUUCGAGAUAUUCAAGAAAAUUUAUGUAGAGAUAUUUCCUCAGAUAUUUCCUAUACAUAGCAUAGCAGGACCUAGAUACUUUGAUAAGCUGUAUCUGAUAUCACAGACAUACGAUCCUCUUUACAUUUCAAUUUUUCUUUUGCAAUGAUGAUACCUAUUUUCAAUGUUAAUUGUGCCUCUUUCUUUAUCGUUGGAUUUUGCCCAAUAUUUGGACAGUAUUUUACAUAAAUCAGGGGAUAGAUAUGAAAAGUGAAAUAACAAUAAACAAAUUCGCCAAACAUGAAAGUUACCUUCUUGUCCUUAUCCUUCUUCUUAUGCUUCUCCUUGGUCUUUUCCCGUUCCCUUUCCUCCUUCCUACGUCUUUUUUCCUCUUUCAACAUUUUACAAUACUCCCUGAACCAAUCCUCUCUCAUGCCGUGCGAGUCCACUGCCUUGUAACGUGCGUCCGAGUCGACUUUACGCUUGACGUCGGACCAGUGCGAGUGCCGAUCGAUAUCCGUGUGUUCACGCAGCAUGGCGAUAAAGUCCUUUUUGACCUGUAAAAUACACAAAUAAAAUGAGAAUGGUUUUUGGAAAGCGCUCUAAGCUCAUCUAUCGACUAAUAUUCCUUUUUAAAAUGUAUGUUUUUAGAUAGAUUGUAGCAUUUGGACCAUGAAGAAUUAUUUAUUAAAAUAUUGGAAUGUGCGCCGUCGCAGGGCUGAAAAAAAAAAACAUUUAUUAAUCCUGAAAUGAAAAACUAUAUUACCUAUUUCUGAAAGAGAUCUUAUGAUUAUUGAAUUUUCACAAUACAAACUCUGCAAAAUUUCAUAGAUUUCUAUAAAAUAAUUUUUUGAAAAAAGUACAUGAAAAUGUAGCAAAACGUCUUGAAGCUGAAAGAAAAAUUAUGAUUAGUUUUGGCAAUAUUCAAUCAAACACGAAUAGAAAAGAAAAUGGUCCAAACGUUUUUCAAAAUAAAAAUAGGAGCUGUUUUGAUAUUUGAAAUAAGGUGCUAGAAAAGUUUGGUGGUAAUUCCUCAGAUAAUAAUUGCAAAAUAAUUUGAAUACUGAGAAAUUGACAACCAAAGUUUCUAUCAACACUAAAAUUCCAAACCUCUUUUUUUUAUCAAUCCUGAAUUAAGACAAAUAUUUUUGUAUUACUAUUUCUGUUAGUACAAUUUUGUAUGAACAUCUAUUUGCAAAUAGAGAAAAAUUCAGAGAAAUUGUCUUAAAUAUUGUUUAUGUACCGUCAAAUAAAAUUAAGUUCCCGCUCCAUACUGGUGCCUGAAUACUGAUGGGGAGGAAAUGUGUGUGCAACAGAGACAGAUUUUGACAGCAACUUCAAGCGGCAACAACAGCGGCACAGUAGUGGUCGAUAAGCUAGAUAGAGAACACUGUCGAUUUUAGAAAAGUUUCGCAAAAAUUCAAAUUUAAUAAAAGUAAACACUGAAAUAAUUGAUAAUUUGUAUUUGGAUUUUUUGAAUUGAUUAUUUAUUGAAUUUGUACCAAAACAAUCCAAAAACAAACUCACUCCUGGAAGAAACACUCAUAUUUUUUUUUAAAUAUAAAAUACAUUACCAAACCAAAGUCACAACUUGUGAUGAACAACAAAUUCAUUGAAUCAAUGGACGACCCUAAAUAAAUGAUAAAAAAAAAAACGAAACCAUCUAUUUUGCAACAAACCAAUGAUGGAAUAACAGAUUCCCGAAAUGGUAUAAAAAAAAAACCAUUCACAGGAAAUAAAAUAAACAAAAACAUACCGUUUCUCUUUUAUGAAACUUGUCUUCCUUCUCUUUCCUGCGCACUUCAAUGAGAUGUUCAUUGAACAAGCCCUCUCUUUCACGCAUUUUAUCCACGCCCUUGAAACGUUCAUCUUUGGAGUACUUUUGUGCAAAAUCACUAAAGGACGAUCUAGAAGAUGAAACAACAUUGUAUUAAGUGUAAAACAAAAAGACAACUUCUACUCACUUUCCAUGUAAAUGAGCUUCACUCAACAUUUUUUUGAAGGCAUCUUUCUUCUCUCUUAAUUUAUUACGCUUUUCGCGUCUUUCUUCUUCUGCCCUAUCUUUGACGUAUUUUUCAAACACGUGCUUCCUUUCUUUUGAUGUCAGAAGCAAAUACCUACAAAAGAUUAUUUUUAUUUUUGAAAGAAAAAGCACUUGCCUCUUACCUAGAAUCAAACACAAUCUUAUGCAACUCUUUCUCCCAAGUACUGAAAGCAGAAACUUGUUUUUCAGUCAGCAUUUCUUUAAAAAGCGAUAUUCUUGUCUCAAGUGGAAUGACAGCCCUUUCUUUAGCAGCUCUCACUUCAGCUUCAAUGGCAGCCUCUUUACCUAUGUCAAUUUUCUUGGUACUUUGAUUUCCAUUGGAAGCUAAAAUUUUCAUCGUAUAAAUAUAAUACUAUAAUACACAAAAAAAAAACUUCUUAUAAACACAACUUACCUGGUUCUUCAAUAUCAAUUUUAGGCUUUUUCGCGGGUGAUGCAUCACCAUCACUCUCACUAUCGUCUGACGACCUUUUGUUUUUCACAGCGGAUGUUUUAUUACUAUCUGGAGUUUCUACUUUACUGAUGUUGGCCAAAACUUCAGGGGGUGUAGCAACCAUUUUAUCCACAUCAGUGCGUUUCAAUAGCUCCUCAGGACGUUCCCAAACAGAAGUACGCGAAGAGGGAUUAUAGAAAAAGACUCGGCCAUCUCCUGUCCAAACAACGCACCUAUAACAAAGCAAUAGUAGUUAUUAUAAAGUUUUAAUGAAAAGGUUGUUUUUUACCAAGGUGUUCCUGGUACUGGUGUGCUGGAAACAGGCCUAGAUUUGUCUUGAGCUUUUUUCUCUUUUUCCUUUUCCUCUUCCUCCUUCUUCUUCCUAAUCUCUUCUUGUAACUUUUCCAAUUUUUCCUUGGCCUCUGCUUCUUUGUCCUUUACAGGUUCUUCUUUGUCAGCCACAUCUCCAUUUGCCUGCGAACUAGUCUUACCUGUCUCUACAAUAGAUAAUGGCAAUUGUGGCAUAGGCUCCUCUUUACGCUGAUGUCUAGUGGAUAUUCCUUGGGCUGCAGCUAAUUUAGCAUCUAAAAUUAAUUGAUAAAUAACAAUUUAUGCAAAAAUAUUCAAAGUAGGUACUUUCUAAAUCCUUCAUGGCUUGUGGUUUUUCCCAAACAGACUCUCCUUUUUUAGCAUGAUGAUAAUAAAACCGUCCAUCGGGUGCCUUAUGCUCUGUCCAUUCUCGAGCUUUUUCAAUAAUACUAGGAUCAAUUUUUGACAAAAUUUCUGCUUCAUUAAUAGCUGGCAGGGCACUGGGGACACUCACUGGUUGUAUCAGUCCAGGUGGCAUAGCCCAUGGAGCCGCACCUGGCAUCCAACCAGGUGGGCCUUGUCCUGGUGGUGGCAUACCAAACGGUGGCAUUCCAAAUGGUGGAAAGCCAGGAGGGCCACCGUAGCCCAUGCCUGGCGGCGGACCCAUCAUACCUGGUGGCAUCAUGCCUGCUGGUUUGUUGUCUUUUUUCAGAUCGUC